AGAAGAGUUAGUAUUGUAAACACAAGGAUAUGGCUGACGAGAGGGGUGGAGGAGAAGAUAACAUUAACGACAACAUGGGGAACCAGUUACAGCUUUUACCAGAUAAUGAGGAAGAGGAGGAGGAAGAUGACAUGGAGACUGAAGACCGAGACAAUGAGGAGGCAGAGAAGCCCAACAUCAUCACCUUUGACCCGAGUCUUCCCACAUCACAUGCUUACCUGGGCUCUGACAUGGAGGAGUUUCACGGCCGUACAGUCCACGACGACGACAGCUGUCAGACCAUCCCUGUGCUGCCACACACGGCUGUGAUGCUGGUGCCGGGUCAGACGCUGCCUCUGCAGCUCUUCAGGCCGCAGGAGGUCAGCAUGAUGCGGAGUGUAAUCCAGAGAGACCGCACCUUUGCUGUGCUGGCACACAGUGAUGCAGGUGAGCCGGAGGCCGAGUUUGGAACAACAGCUGAAAUCUAUGCAUACAGAGAGGAGCAGGAAUAUGGCAUUGAAACUGUCAAAGUGAAAGCUGUGGGAAGGCAAAGAUUCAAGGUCCAUGAGUUACGAACUCAAGCAGACGGGAUCAGACAAGCCAAAGUACAGAUCCUUCCAGAACGAAUCCUUCCAGAUCCGCUCUCUGCCGUGCAGCUAACACCCCUCACCAGGCUCCACAUGCACCCCUCCUCCAAACCCCCGACUCAGAGCUGCAAACAGGCCCAGUGCUGGUGGAGUAACUACCAGCAGAGGAAGUUUCACUGUGCCAGUCUGACGCCAUGGCCACCAUGGGUCUACGCACUCUAUGACUCUGAGUCACUCAUGAACAGAGUGAAGAAACAGCUCCAUGAAUGGGACGAGAAUCUGAAGGAUGACUCUCUCCCUACGAACGCCAUAGACUUCUCCUACAGAGUGGCAGCCUGUCUGCCAAUAGAUGAUGCUCUGCGGCUCCAGCUGCUGAAGAUUGGGAGUGCCAUCCAGAGACUCCGCUGUGAGCUAGACAUUAUGGACCGGUGCACCUCACUUUGCUGUAAACAGUGCCAGGACACAGAAAUCACCACAAAAAAUGAGAUCUUCAGCCUGUCUCUGUACGGCCCCAUGGCUGCAUACGUCAACCCUCACGGUUACGUCCAUGAAACUCUGACUGUCUACAAAGCCAACAACCUCAACCUGGUCGGCAGGCCAUCCACGCUGCACAGCUGGUUUCCAGGGUACGCCUGGACAAUCGCUCAGUGCCGAACCUGCGGAUCUCACAUGGGUUGGAAGUUCACAGCCACUAAGAAGGACUUGUCUCCACCACGUUUCUGGGGUCUGACCCGUUCAGCUAUGCUCCCCCGUAUCCCCCAGGGCGAGGGGGAGGAGGGGAGAGAGGGCUCUCGUCUCUUCUGCCUGUGAUGUCAGACCACCAUUUUCCCAUGUUAAAAAUGAAAAAAAAAAAAAAAAAAAAAAAAAAGCCUGCAAACCUUCUGAGCCUGGAUCUAUAGGCACUCUCUGGCUGCGAUUACUUUCAGUAAUCAGUGCAUCACACACCACCUGUCACCCCUGGCAGCAAAUCCAUCAUAUUAGUGGAAAGGUCAUUCGGCCUUUUAACGGCACUCAAAGAGCAAAUUAGAGCAGGAAGGCGGUCAUGAUUUGUUCUUAAAGGUUCUUGAAAUGUGAAGGCAGCAGAGAGACGACUCAUUACAUCAUGAUAAAGUGAGAAAUAAAUGGAGAGUAACAGAUUGAUCCCAUAACACGUGCUAACAUCCCAGCAUGCAGCUCCCUGAUCUGCACCCCUGCCUGCUGGUUUCGUGGUAGCUGCAGACACACAGACUCAAAAGCUUAACGCAUAAUUAUACUUCAGCUCUUUUCCUCUGUAUGAUGGAGAGUGUGACUGCAUGUAGUUGACAUAGACACAUCAUUGGCAAGCAGUUAAUCUUUAAUCUGUUGUAAAACCAACCAGUUAGUAUACAUUCACUUGGCAUUCAGGUCCUUUGUGGGUUUCUCACAUGUUUUCUGAUGUAAUUUCAGCUGCCAUAGCUCAGUGGAGGAAACAGUUUGACUGAAAGUGCACUCAUGUGUGCAUAGAUCUGUCACUCGAGGGGAUAUUUUGUAUCUUGGAAUGAAUUAGGAUGUAUUUUUGUAUGCAAGAAGAUUGGAAAGCAUAUUCUUCCAUGUGUGGAGACAUCAUGCUAUUUAUUAUCGCUCCAGUUUUUUAUGUAAUAACAAAAAAGCUGAGGUGACAAUAACGCUAAUGUGUAUUAUACUCGUUAUAAUCAGUGUCUGUUUUGUAUUCAAUGAAGCCUCGUUGUCCUGUCAGAUGAUGUGCUUCAGGAAACAAACGUUAUCUCUGGUUGCACAAGUGAAAAUUAGAGAUGUCUCUGGCGCCUAAAGGCAGACUGUUUUUCUGUUGUUGGUUGUUUUUUUUUGUAAAGAGAGCGAGGGAGAGGAGCGUUUGCCCUUCUUCAUUUAGUUUGUUCAUGCUGUGUGGCUUGUGAAAAUGCUGUGCCUACGCCCCAGCUCAGUGUCUUUUUAAAAGUUUGCCGAGUCAGUCGACCACAGACGUGAAUAAAAGAUUGUAAAUAGGAAAGUGACGAUGAGAUUUAGUUUUUUAGGACUCUCUUUGGUUUGUAGUCUCGCAGUUUUCAGGGUUUUACUUCUUGCGGUUUUGUUGCAAGCUGCUGGCUCAUGUUUGUAUAAAUGUGUAACUGUAAAUAAGAGGCAGUUAUAGCAUUUGUUGUACAAUAUAACUGGUGAAUUUGACUCUUAUUUCUCAGAUCUCUUCAUGUCACAGAGAAAUGUUUGGAAAUAUUCUUUUCAUCAGUAAGCAAUGUAUUUGAUUGCAAUAAGAAAUUGUGAAGAUGUUGGUAUGUCUUAAUGUUUUUGGCUAUUUUCUUAAAGGAAUAGUUUGACAUUGUGGGAAAUGUGCUUAUUCUGUCUUUUGCUGAGACUAAGAGGAGGUAAAAAGAUACCACUCUCAUGUCUGCAGGAUAAAUAUAAGCUACCACCAGCAGCUUAUUAGUGUAGUUUAAACAAGCGAGAUAAAACCUGUUAAUUAGUGAGCUCUAGGGGUGCUGGUAGGCAGAUUUUUUAUCACCUUCAGAUGAAGCUGGGCUAGCUGUGUCCAGUCGUUAUGCUAAGUAAAGCUAACUGGCUGCUGAAUGUGGCUUCCUCCUUUUUUUUAUUUAUUUGUAAGAACAAAUCACAUUAAUCAACAUUUUUGUAAAUGUGCCAGCAGGCCUUGGGUGAGAUGUUUUGAAAGCCUAGCUUCACAUUUGCUAUAUAGAUAUGGGAGUGGUGUCUCAAGCUUCUCACAUACUCUUUGGCAUUACAGCAAUUAAGCAGAAUUCUCUAAAUGUCCUGACUACUAUUUAAAGGGCGAUGCCUGUCAAUUAAGAAAUUCUGACAUGUUAUUUUUAUGGCCUAAGCAAGGUGUCACAUGGGUUUACAGUUCUGAGUAAGAAAACCUUGUGGUUUUAUGCAGUUUUAAGUAUUUUCAUUCAUCCACAUGUUCUUGUGGUCUUCCCUUAAACCAGUACUCCACCUAUUCAGCAUCACACUCCUGUCAUAAUUACACUUAUAAUGGACAGUUAUAAAAGUAAAAGAAUAAAACAGAUGCCUCAGAACCAGGUAUCUUUGAUUUUUAUCCCAUUUAUUCUUCUUCCUUGUCAAAACCUGAUCCCUCAUUACUCUCAAUGCAACCUGACCAGUGACAGUUCAGUCAGGCUGUGUUGUACUCGUAGUGUUCCCCUUUAACAAUCAGGAAAUGUGAGCUUCUUCUGCAACGUUUUAAAAAAAUCACAUUUUACAUCUUUUACUCUGUUGGACCAUUCAGCAGUUUCAUAUCAUAUCUUCAUAUCACUUUGAUUCAUUAAUGGGAGGUUUUCACCAUGAGGACAACAUGUGAACUAUAAAAUCCAGUGUCGCACCUCUUUUGAUUCUACUCUCUGUCAUAUCAGUGAGUCAGUCAGUGUUUGCCAGGCUGUCAGACUUUCAUUCAUCCACAACAAUAAAAAUAAAUGCUUCACUCAAAUCAAUGGCUUGAUUCCAGAGAAGGCCUUUGCUUGUUUUUCCAUGAGAUUCAGUGUACCACAGAGUAAAAUAAACAUGCAGAUAUCGUGUGACUCCUCUCUGAUUUGCAUAUUUCAGCAGGACAUGUGAGGAAGGCAGCAUGUGUGUGUGUGUGUGAGAGAGAGACCAUGCUGUCAUGUGUCCGCAUGUGUAACGAGUUAGCAGUUUAUUAAUCUUUCGUGCAGAUACACGUGAACGGGAUCAUUUGUAAUUGGAGUCUAAUGAGUCUUUCUUUGUCAUAAUAAUGUGGACAGGGUUUGGAGCAUGCAACAUGUGGAAAGCUGAUGUCCUGCUGACUGCUGUUUUGUGGCUUUAGCAGUUGUGCCUCUGCUUCUCUCAGGUAGUUUCUUGUUAUAUGAAUCUGUUUUGUUAUUUUAUUGGUUUCUGUUAAGUGUUGAAAUGUCAGAAAAUAAUGGCCAUCACAAAAAAAAUCAAAUCGUUUGUUCUCUUUGAUCUAUAAACCAUAAAAAUCACAGGUAAACAAACAGCAAGAUGAGCACAAAUAUAAUAUGAUGAAAAUAAAGAGCUGUCAUUGACUGUUCAGUAUACAUUGUCCUCGGGUUACUGCAUAUUCAGACAGUUAAGUUAUUUGUUUGACAUCAUUUUUCACGAAAAUAAUCCACUUUUCCUAAUG